AUGUCGAAGGCCGCCAAGAAGAAGUCCAGCAAGAAGCAGAGAUCUGGAUCUGAGGCCGCUCAGUUCGAUCAGAAGACCAUCAAUGAAUUCAAGGAGGCCUUCGGUAUUAUGGAUCAGAAUAAGGACGGUAUCAUUGAUAAGAACGACCUGAAGGAUCUUUACGCCACUAUGGGACAAAUUGCCUCUGACAAGCAGAUCGACGACAUGAUCAAGGAGGCGCCUGGGCCAAUCAACUUUACCGUCUUCCUGACGCUAUUCGGAGAGCGAUUGACAGGAACUGAUCCUGAGGCCACAAUCGUUGGUGCCUUUGCCAUGUUCGACAAAAAGGAAACUGGAAAGUUGAAGGAAGAGGAUUUGAUAAAGAUUCUGACAAACAAGCGAGGAGAGCCUCUUGAUGAAGAUGAAAUCAAAGCAAUGUACAAGGGUAAACCACCAAUUGAGAAUGGCGAAGUCGACUACAAGGCAUUCGCUCAUCUCAUCACCACCGGUGCACAAGACGAACUCGCUUCUGUGUGA